ACUAUCCUAUCUUGUAAUCCGCACCAUCGUAAAAAAACUCAAACAUCCUGCAGCACCAUCCCAUCAUCACCUUUCACAUGCCUCCGUUUUUUUCUCAUCCCAUUUCGUAUUGUGUCGUGAUUAAUUGAUCGUCUAGUCCCUUUUAAUCUCUAUCCAAUUCUAUACAAUAAAUCCAAACUACUAGUCUUAGUUAGUACUGGCUAGCUAGUUCCAUAUACGUUUUUUCUAGCUCUUGCUGCAUUAUAUAUAUAUUUAUAUAUUUGUUACUUGUUGUUCUACGCAUCUCAGUCAAUAUCAUUGCCAUCUCCUUCUCCCUGCAAACCCAAAUCUUUCUUCGUCUCAGUGCAGAUUUAAAACUCUCCCUCCCUCCCUCCCUCCCUCCCUCUCUGUAUGCGUGCCUCUAUAUAGUAGUAUACUCCCCGUCGAUCAUUAUUAACCAGAUCGAUUUCUGUAUCAAAAGAUCGAUAAUACAGGAAUCAGGAUGCUACUGAGAAGAGGCAUUGCCUUGGUUAUAAUAGUGUCAGUUGCUUUUCAGAUCCAGACAUGCUUCUCACAGAUUAACAGGGCAAGUUUUCCGAAAGGGUUUGUCUUUGGGACGGCCUCUUCUGCUUUCCAGUAUGAAGGAGCGGUGAAGGAGGAUGGAAGGGGACCGAGUGUUUGGGACAAAUUUUCACAUACUUUUGGCAAGAUAAUUGAUUUCAGCAAUGCCGAUGUGGCUGUGGAUCAAUUCCACCAUUUUGAUGAAGACAUAAAACUUAUGAAGGAUAUGGGAAUGGAUGCCUACAGAUUUUCAAUUUCUUGGACUCGAAUAUAUCCUAAUGGAACAGGGAAAAUCAAUCAGGCAGGAGUUGAUCAUUACAACAAAUUCAUCAACGCUUUACUUGCUCAAGGAAUUGAGCCUUAUGUGACCCUAUUCCAUUGGGACCUUCCUCAAGCCUUGCACGACAGAUAUAAUGGAUGGCUCAGCCCCCAGAUCAUAAAGGACUUUGCAACAUUCGCAGAGACAUGCUUUCAGAAUUAUGGUGACAGGGUGAAGAAUUGGAUCACGUUCAAUGAGCCUCAUACAGUUUCUAUUCAGGGUUAUGAUGUGGGUCUCCAGGCUCCAGGAAGAUGCUCUAUCCUUCUCCACCUCUUCUGCCGGGCUGGAAAUUCAGCAACUGAGCCCUAUAUAGUCGCCCACAACAUGCUUCUUUCUCAUGGGGCUGCGGCAGAUAUUUACAGGAAAAAGUACAAGGCAAAACAACAAGGAUCUGUGGGCAUAUCACUUGAUGUGAUAUGGUUUGAACCAGCAACAAACAGCACGAAAGACAUGGAAGCAGCCCAAAGAGCCCAGGAUUUUCAGCUUGGCUGGUUUAUUGAACCUUUGAUCUUAGGCGACUAUCCAAUCUCAAUGAGAAACAGAGUCGGAGAUAGACUGCCAAAGUUUACCGAAAAUGAUGCUGCUCUUGUUAAAGGGUCUUUGGAUUUUGUUGGUAUCAAUCACUACACAACAUUUUAUGCACGAAGCAAUGACUCUCUACUUGGCGAUGUAAUUGGCAAAGUCCUUAAUGACUCUGUCGCGGACUCUGGUGCCAUAACCCUUCCAUUCGGUGAAAAUAAGAAGCCCAUUGGAGACCGGGCGAAUUCUAUAUGGUUGUACAUAGUACCUCAAGGGAUGAGAAGCUUAAUGAAUCACAUCAGGCAAAAGUACGGGAAUCCUCCCGUCAUUAUAACUGAAAAUGGGAUGGAUGAUCCAAAUAACGCCUUGACCCCCAUUAAAGAUGCUCUGAAGGACGGGAAAAGGAUCAAAUACCACAAUGACUAUCUGACAAACCUGCUAGCUUCUAUUAAAGAAGAUGGUUGCAAUGUGAAAGGGUAUUUUGUAUGGUCUCUUUUGGAUAAUUGGGAGUGGGCAGCUGGUUACACUUCAAGGUUUGGUCUCUACUUCGUGGAUUACAAGGACAAGCUGAAGAGGUACCCCAAGGAUUCUGUACAAUGGUUCAAAAAGUUCUUGACUUCUAGUUAAAGCGGAGAAAAUGAAGAUUUGAAUGGGCAAAUGCAGACAUCCUCACACACACAGAUUUGCAAUUACAUGUCUUAAUUUUCUUCAAGCGUAAUAUUGUAACAAGAUGUUAUGUAACUUAUAAGACAUGUCAAUUUUAGUACGGUUUCUUCCUCAAUGCUGGCAGAGAAAUGCAAAUUUUCGACUGCUAGAGUUUGUGUCUCGGCAGUAAGCAGUGUGAUUAUCGGAUGGAAUGGUACCGAGUAAAUAAAUCGCGAGCUAGGCUCCUUUAUCGUGUUGGUA